CCUUCACUCCCAACUAAGCAAAGGAGGUGUCUCACACGGGGACGGCAUGACCCAUUCCAAACAGAUACCAAGUAAUGGCAUGCACAUGGGUGGCAUCGACCGGAAAGUCGGCACCGCCCGGGCCACACUGACUGGUCAAUGAAUCUCUUUAGAUUAUUAGGCUUCAAAAUUUUAACCCCUUCCCAUCCAACAAAUAUCAGUUGCCCAUUCGAUCUACGUACUUCUUUUUGUUUUUGUUUUUGUCUUGAGCUGAUUUUAUGAUGAAUAAAACUGUCUCUGGCUUUACCUUUGGAAUUCUCAUCAGCGGUUUACCUAAUUAACAAAGAGCGGUUGACUUUGAAGUAUACAAGUAUAUCUUCUUCAUACAUCUCAUAUGCAGGAUGUCUACCUCUCCACAUGAACUACACCUCCAAUUAUUGGCCUUGCUCUUCAUAUUAGCAGGGCUUGUUCAUAUCUGUUCAGGAGAUGUUGGCACAGCAGGCCAAUAUGCUCCCCCAUAUCUGCCAACUGCCUGCUAUGGAAACGAUGUGUCUGAGUUCCCAUCAAGCAACUUCUUCGCGUCGGCCGGAGAGGGGAUAUGGGACAAUGGGGCAGCUUGUGGGAGGCAGUACCUGGUGAGGUGCAUAAGCGCAGUGGUGCCCAUGACAUGCAUAGCAGGGCAGACCAUUCAGAUUAAGAUCGUUGAUAGAGCGGUUACAUCGGUGUCUAGGCCUUCAAGGAAUGGUGCAACCAUGGUGCUUUCCACCACUGCAUUUGGGGCUGUGGCUAAUGCUUCUGCAUCAUCCAUUAACAUAGAGUUUCAACAGGUCUGAAUCGGACAACGCAACUCAUUCUUAACGUUGUGGAAGGGGAAAGGGUCUGAAUCGGACAAUGGAACUCAUUUAUAACGUUGUGGAAGAGGCAACUGACCUUCUGUUUCUAGAACCUCAUAUGGAGAAAUGUCAAUGCCUUGAGUGGUCCGCCAUUGAUUUAUUGGAAGGAUAGAAUGCCUUUCUGAAUGUUCAGCACCUAAUAAAUUGAAUAGGAUUUAAUUCUAUUUAUUUUUCUGAUGGACUUUCUCUCCUGUGUGGUGCAAAUUCAAUACCUGCCUCAUUCUUGAUUA